AUGGACCAAUCUUAUUCAGCCUCAAAAAAUCAACACCAACCGCAGGAUGUCGGCAAAGACAUCACCGAUUCUCUGAAACUACACCACCAACGUGAUGAGACCACCACUGGAGAAGCCAAAAGACGUAAACUCUCUUCUACAACUACUUUCCUCAGUGAAGAAGAGAAAAAGUCACGUCAUAUUGCCUCCGAAAAGAAGCGUAGAGAAACCAUCAGAUUGGCCUUCGAUAGAAUCGUUGAUCUAGUACCCAACUUAACUCCUUCUGAGAGUCGUACCGAAGUAGCAGUACUCACGAAAUCAGCAGCAUUUAUCGAUGAGCUAAGGUCAGAGAAUCAGCGACUUUUACAACUUUUACAAAACAGUAACGUCCCAGUUCCAGAGCAUUUACUAGAAGCCUACAACAACACCAGUGGAGCCACCAGUAGUGGAGCUCAAAAAACUAAGGAAGAACAUUCUAGUGAUGGAGGUGAAUGA